GAUUGGCUACUUUAGGCCCCGCCUUCUUAAUGGGAAGUUGUCCUCCAGUGUAGUUCACCAACAACUCAUAAGCGAAAAUGAUUAACUGGAAGGCUUUGGACAACGUACCCAUACUCUUGUACAUCUUGGCCCUGAAAACGCUGAUUCUGUGUUUGGGCUUUGCUGGGGUGAAGAUCUACCAAAGUAAGAAGGCUGAGGCGGCGCUGAAGCAGCAGCAAGCUGAGAGGAGGAAGUUGGCUCAGCGGACACAAGAGCUCAUUGACAACUUGAAGGAAGACUGAGACCAGUCAGGUGCAUUUGGUGAAACGACACAAGGUCCACUAUGUCAGUUUUAUACGUUUCCUACCGUUUUUCUGCUUUCUACAUGAAGCCAUGAGUACCACACUAUGUAUUUAUUGCAGUUUCUUGUCUAAAUGUCAUGUGUGCUGGGGGUUAUUUUUUUGAAUGUGGAUGAUUAUUAAACCCCAAUGAAUGACAGCAGUA